AAUACUGCCGGAUCGAGAAUCUCGAUCAACGAGAGAGAAGGAAGUAUCCAUCUACACAUCCAUCCAUCCACCGUACGGAGCCCCGUUGCACGUCGGGAAACUGAACAUGUACGUACGUCGUACGAACGACGUAGAGCGUUGAAUGUGUCGAUUACGUUCGGGGUUGGCUUGCACUUUUCGCGGUUGUAUGUGCGCGCAGCAACGUCGCGUGGUCGGCAAUCGAGGUGCUUAUAAAACCUUCUAGUGUAUAGUGACUAGGUGAUAAGAGGUGAGCUGAAAAGAGAAACUCGUUCUUUUCCUGGGACGCUCGCCAAUUCUGGAGGUGUCUGACUCUAUCGCGGCGUCGUUCUAACAAACAGCCGGGAUAGCCGCGCAUUCACAAUUGUGCAUCUGUGUGUGGAACAUCCAAUCACGGAAUUCGCGGGCUAAGAUGCCCGACGUGGCUCCCGCGGACAACGUCGGCAUCGAGACCAGGGUCAACGAAGCGGUGCACGACGAAUGGAGUGACGCUCGCUCCUGGUUUCCCGCGAAUACGCGUUUGAUCCAAUUUUCACCUCCACUUGUGCAUAUGGGGAAAGAAUUCAUUGUAUUUUGAAACAUCAAACAGUGUUCACCCAAAUUAACUGGCUGUUUGAAGUGAAUAUUUUUGCCUGACGUGGUAACAUGAAUUGUUGUUACUGUGCCCUAAGAUAACAACAUAAAAACAACGACGAUUUUAUUAGUAUACCAUUUCAUACAUCUAUUUGGAGCAGAGUAUGAUGAACAUUAAAUAUUGAUGCAAAUGUUUAUGGUGCAAUUUAUAGAUCUGUAAAGGACGUAUAAUUAUUUAAAGCUCAUAGAAACAAUUAUUUAAAUGUGUUCUUUGGAGGAUUUGAUAGUGACCGAGCUAUCUUUCGUGUUUACAGUUGAAAAAUAUAUAUAUGGAGCGGCUAAAAGUGUUUUAUGUUCAAUCGAUACAUGUAUUUUAAGUACAAUAAGCUACAAAAUGAAGGAAACAUAAUUACGAGGUGUCCAGAAACUUAGAUGAGUCAUUAGUUUCUUUGGAUGGUGAUAUAGUAUGGGUAAAACUUGGAGCUUGUUGGUGGCCAGGACAAGUCACUGGGUUUAAUAAUUUACCCGAAGACAUACAAGACGAAUUUCAAAAGAAGCCUUUAAUAGCUGCUGUAAAGUUCUUUCAAGAAGACACCUAUGAAUUUGUCAAAAACUAUCAACAAAUUUAUAAAUACAAUUGUACACAGAAAGAUGAAUUCAUCAGAAAAGGACUUGAUAAAUAUAGAAGCAAAAGUAAAGAUGGCUCUAGGUAUAUGGAUAAAUUCCCUGGAGAUGUUGAAAUGGCUGAGAAAUUAACUGGAGGUGAUCCGGAUAUUUUAAGUCAUGAUAAAUUUUGUCCAGAAGAAAAGCCAAACAUAUCAGCUUUAUUUGGAGAUAAGAAAGUAACAAAGAAAAAAAAGGAACGAGAAGAUACUCCCAAAAGAAGUGAUUCUAUUGAAGUUGUAAGGAAAAUCACACAUCCACGAUUUUUAAAAGAAAGUGACCAUGAAGUCAGAAUUCGUCAACAGCCCAGCAGUUUACCAUCAACGCCAAAUAAUACCGGUUCUCCACAAUAUCCUUGUCAUUUGUGCAAUUUUACUUCUUCUCGCGUUAAUGUUAUUAUUUGUCAUAUAAAAAGUCAUAGAUCUGGGAAUUCACCAAUGUCAAAAACAAAAGUAAAAACUUAUUCUCAAUAUAGGGGCAAGCAUUCAGAUGUAGACACUCCUAAACGAAAAUAUGUGCGGAAAGACAAAAGUCAGUCGGGCAGAAGUAAAAGUAGUAGCGAGUCCGGGAAGAGAAAACAAAUUAAACAAAAUGAAAAAGUUGCUAAAAAGAAGAAAACAGAUCCCAAAAUUCGUGAUACUAUAUUGGCAGACUGGGAGGAUGAGUCCGAUGAAGAUAUUAGCCUAAAUCAAAGUAAACAAUCUGAUUCAAUGCCUGUAAAUAAUGUUCCAACAAAAAGUCAAUUUGAUCUUGAUAAAUCGGAAGAAUCUGAUCAGAAGAAUAGUGCACUUCCAGAUCCUAAUGAAAUUAUUGCAGAGACUGAAAAAUUACUUAAAGAAACGGAGAAAUUAACAUCAAUAAAUAUAAUGGAAGAUUCUGAAAUCGAUGAUAGUACUAAUGUUAUAAAAAAUUUUAAAUCAAAUCUUUCUGAUAAGAAAUUGGAACAAGAAAAAGACAUUAGAACAUCUGAUGUUGAGAUCAAUGAAUCUUUUAACAAAUCACAAAAAGAAAAAGAACCUCUUAAUUCUGAUAAUGAAAGUAAACUUAAUGUGUCUAACAAAGAUGAUAAAAAAUCAUUAUUGUCUUGUUUUGAUUUUCAUGAAGAGGAACUGUCCAUACCUCCAGUAAGAAAAAAAGCACGUGCAUUUCACCAGAAGAAGGAAAUUAUAAAGGAAUUUGAAAUGAGUCAAGCUUUAAAAACAGAGCAAGAAAAGGAAGCGGAAAAUAAUAAAACUGCGGAUGAAGACAAUAAUAUUAAACCAACUGAGAAUGAAAAGUUAGAUGGAAUGUCAUCUGUGGGUGCAAAAGAUUUAGAGAAAUCAGAAAAAAGUAAAAAAAUUAUAGAUGACACGCCAGUAAACAAUAAAGUUGAAAAAGUAAAAGAGAAAAUUGAGUCAGAAAAACCAUCAACAGAUUCGCAGAAAUCUGAUACUGGUACUUCUCAGAAGGAACUGGAGAUCGUCGAAAUAUUUGAGGUUGAAAAGACGGAAAGUGAAAGUGAAAAUGUUAUAACUUCUCCAAAAACUGAAACGCAUGGAGUUCCUAAACUAAAUAUCGAGGUAGAACUAACAGAAAAUAAAGAAUUAAAUGUGCUGAGUGAAACCAGCGUCGAUAAACCAGUGGAAUCUAAAAGCAUAGAUACUGAUAGUAUAAAUGCAGGAAAUAAGGAGGAACCUUCAAAAGAAAUGGACGAAGUUUUGUCCGAACGAUUUACGACGGAAACAGAGGACGAAACAGUUUCUGAAUCUGCCGAUACGCUUCCUGAACAAAGUGAGAAUUCCGAUAUAGAUAUGCUAGAUCAAGAUCAAACACCCAAUUCCAAUAUUACUAAUAUUUUAUUAAAUAACGAUCAAAUAAAUGUUACUCCACAAACAAAAAAGCGUAGAGGUAGACCAAGAAAAUCGGAAUCCUUAAAUAGUACCACCAGUGGAAAUACCAGCGGAAAUGAAAGUCCAAGGAUAAAGGAUAAGAACAACCAAAAACUUUUAGAAAAAUUUGAACUUGAGAGGAGAACUUCAGAAUCUGACAGUGAGCGUUCGUACAGUGGAAGAAAACGAAAACCGAAUAAAAAAUAUUUAGAAUCUGAUAUAUAUGUGCAGGAUUUAGAUCAAAGAAUAUAUAAGACUGAUGAAAGUCAAUCUGAAAGUGAAGAAAAAAGUUCUGAAAGAGUUAAAGGUAGAACAAAAAGGAGUAAAAAAUUGGUGGAAGUUGACAAGAAAUCAAGCGAAAAAAUUGUGGUGGAAGAACAAAAAGAAUUAGAAUUUUCUUGUAAUACUUCAAAUACAACGGAAAAUAACAUUAAUUCUUCCAGUUCCGAAUUGCAAGACAAUUUGACUGAAAGCAGUACAUUUAAAGAUGAAAACAUUAUGGAAGUAGAUACAAGAGGUAGUGAUAAUCAAGCACCCAUUGAAAUUUAUGAAAAAUUGAAAAUGUCUUUGGAAGAAAAAUUUUUACCAAAAGAAACGGAUGACACGUUUGUGUUUCCUGAACAUACAAAACCUCAAAUAGUGGAAACCGUUGAUGAAAGUAAAGAUACAAUACAUGAAUCAGAAGGAGCGAAAGACGUAGUAAUGGAAACUGAACAUUUAUUAGGCUCAAAUGCUGUUCACGCAGAAAAUUUAAAAAGUCCCAGUGUAGAAUCAUCUAGUACACUUCAACUGGAAGUUUCAACGGAAAAAGAAAUUUCUCCACAAUCGGCAAGUAUUACAAAGACCGUUGAUAUGUUACCACCUAAGAAGUCGCAGAUCAAAAAGUUUGAAUUAUCACAAAUUGAUUUUUUUGACACGGACGCCCCUAUUGAUAAAACUACCAUAGACCCUGAAGUAGAUAACGGACAAGAACAAGUAAAACAUACAGAAAUAGUUAAAUCUAAUAAAGAUACAGAUGAAACUCGUUCUUUGAAAAAGAAGGAAAUUCUUUUUUCCGAGAAACUUGAAUUGGGCACAAAGAAUGAAGAUACUGAGAAAGAAAUAUUGACAGAAGAGUAUAAGAAGAGUAAUGAAGAAGUUGCAUCAAUAAAUGAGGAAGUUCACCAAACAGAAAUAGAAACAUCUGAUAUCCAAAAGCAAGAAUUAAAAUUAGAAAGCUCAGAACAAGUAUCUAAAGAUACAGCAAGUGAGCAACAACUUCAAAAGAAAUCGUCAAUGCAAACAAGGUACAAAGGAAAGUUUACACCGGAGACAGGUGCUAAAUCAAAGAAAGAUAAAGAUUUAUUUGCAGAAGAAAAGUCUUCAAAUACAUUCCAAGAAGCUUUUUUGAAGACUUUACACAUGGACAAGAAAAAAGGUGCAAUGGAUGAUUCUGAUACAAUUGGAAAGGGAAAGAAAGGUAAAAAAUCAGCCAAGAAAAAACACGAAGAAGGCGUGGAUAUAAAUAUUUCCGGUGAAACAGUCCAAGACAUAAACACUAACGAGGAGUCACAUAAGAAAAUAGAAACUUCAUCUAAUGUUCAAAGUGAAGGAAAUAAUUCACAAGUCACGGUUAUAAGCAAUUUCGAGGGUAUAGAGGUAGUAGUUGAUCAGAAUCUUGAGAUUGAUGCGAAAGUAGACGAUGCCGUGUUUCAAAAUGUUAAUCAACUUGCGUCGUCAUCAAGCGAAUUUGGCAUUACUUCCAAAUCACUAGCACAAUCACAUUCUACCGAGGACAGCUCAAAAUCUAUUAACAUAGAUAUACAAAAAGUGGACGAAUCUUCAAGGAUGUCUACAUCUACACCUUCGCCGUCGUCGGAUGUUACUGUACCUGUGAAGAAACGUGAAAUGCCACGAAUAAUUGAGAACGUAACGUUAACUGAACCUAUGCAGAUUUUAAAAUCAAAAUUGUUAGAUAAAUUCCCACAAAAAGGUGUAAAGCAUAAAUUAGAAACAGAUAGUACAAAAAAGUCUGAUUCAAAAGGAAGUCCAAAGGCAAAAAUAAUGAAAAUUGAAUCUUUGUCAUCUGGAACUAAAAUAAAAACUGGUUCUAAAACAUCUCAAAUGUCAUUAACUAAAAAAUUACAAGUACUGAAAGCUGAAGAAGCAGAAACAGCUGCAAUGAUGGAAGCACAAAAUGAACAGUUAAAUUUAAAAACUUCGAAGGCUCCUCCUACCAUGACAGCUACAACUGAGAAAUUUAUUCAACAAAGCUCCCAAAGUUUGGCAGAUAUGGAAUUAGAUAUAAAUUCAAUGCCAUUUGUCCUCAGUGAAGAUGUUUUAACUCCAGAGAGUAUUGAACAAAUGCCUGUUGUCAUAUCUUCUAUUAUACCGGCAUCUAGUACAAUACCAGCAACUCUGUCUUUUACACCUACCACUCAAAUAGUGUCACCUACUCAAACUCAAUAUAAAUUAAAUGAAAAUACAACUGAAGUAUCGCCUACAAAGAAAAAGAGUGGUACUCCUGCAAUUUUAAAGAAUAAAAGUAAAGCCAAACCUACAAUUACUAGUAUAAAAACGUUAGUACCUCCACUGACUGGUGGAGUAAAAGGUAUUAAAUUUCAAAAUGCUCCAGCAACAAGUAAAGUUCCUCCUCUUUUAACACAGAAGGGUACACCAAGUAAAUAUGUAGUGGUACAAACUUCGGGGGGACAGCAAUUACGUUAUAAUGUUCAGGGCAAAGCUGGUACUCAUCAAAAAAUCGCUAUACCAACUGGUAAAAGUGCUGGAAAUGCACAAGUAGUUGCACAAGGAAGCAAAGUAGUUAUUUUAACAUCAGCACAAUCUGGUCAAACUAAGAUGUUACCUCUAAAUAUAUCUAAAACUUUAGGUGGUAAAGUACAGGGGAUUAUGACUAGUAAAGGACAAAUACUCUGUCCCAUUAGUCCACAGGGUAUUAUAAAUUCAAAAACGGUAAUUGCUCCGAAAGGGGAUGGUGUAUCUCCAACAACAUCCAAACUUUCUACAAGCCAUAAAAUUAUAAAUACACAAGGAAUAAUAACGUCAAAAGGUGUAUUGACUCCUAUUUCAGGAACAAUUGGUAAGACUGCACUAUUAGGAACAUUACCUCAAGGAAUUCUUACAAAAGGCGGGAUUUAUACGCCGAUAAGUGCUUCCACUUUGGGUGGUAAAGCUAUUAUUGGAUCAAAAGCCUUGGUCACAAAAGGUGCAACCAUUUUGUCUCCACAAAGUUUAGGUCCUUCUAAAGCUAUUUUAACCCCAAUAUCUCAAGCUAUUGCUGGAAAAACAAUUUUAAGCCCUCAAGGUAUCAGUACUAAAGCUACUGUGUUGACACCAAUAACAGGACAACAAGUGAAAGCCAUUGCAGCGAAAAGUCCAUCUAAAGGCAGUAAAGUGCAGUAUCAGUCUGUCCAGCAGAAAGUGCAAUUACCUAUGUUACAGAAAUCUCAAAAAAUUCCAAUGUCUUCUCAAGGAAGAUCAGGACAUUUGAAAGGUGCAGGUAACACGGUAGUUUUGCAAAAUACUGUCCCUACUCAAAAGACUACACAAGGGAAGAGAAUAAUUAAACAAACAGUUGUACAGCAAGGAUCUCCAUUACAAAAUAUUACAUCCCAAAGCAGUACUCAACAAACAAUGGGCAUGAGUUCGCAAGUUCAAAAAGGAAAGGCAGUACCUACGUCGGCUGUACAAAAAGUUAUUGUUUCUCGUGGUGGCCGGCAAUCAAAAAUACAACAGAAAAUUGUUGUUCAGAAAGUUCAAGAACCUGCAAUUACGACUGUACAAAAUAUUCAAGCGAAACAAACCGUUUCGGGGUCACUGACAGGUAUAUCAAGUAUGCCCAAGGUAACUCAACAAAAACAUUCUGUUAGUAGUGCAACGUCCACGAAAGCUGGUGUAAAAAGUCAUGCAAUAAGUAAAACAGCUCAGCAUCAGAAGAAUUUGUUGAAUAUAGCAAUGAAUUCAUCAACAACUAAUGUAAACACAAAUCUGUCUACUUCAUUGUCUCUUCCACCAUUAGAACCAAUUGAAUCUGAAAAGAAAUCGAAAGUAGAAAAUGUUCUUUCAGAAGUUAUUCAUAAGGAACAAGCUAAAGGAGACAAGUUCAGCAUUGAGAAAGGCAAUGAAGCAGAAAAAGUAGAAGAACCGAAGAUCACUACACAGCCGCAAAUAAUGGCUUUACCAACAGAAAGUAGCGAUGGAACACAAACUUAUGUUUUAGUAACUAUUGAUGAACAGGGACAGAUACAGCCGCUUGACAAUAAUGCUCUUAUGUCAUUAGAGGGCACAACACAAAAUCCAGAUGGCACAAGAACUUUGUACAUAGAUCCUAGUUCAUUGGGGGAAGCAGGUACAUUAGACAAUAUUGUUUUGCAGUUUGACAAUGGUGUUCUACCAAACAUACAGACUAGUACUACGGAACCCACACAGACGAUUAUAUCAGAAAGCUUCCCUACUUCAGAAGUGAUACAAACAUCGAAUCAAGAUAUUCUAGCAGCUGCUCUGGCUAAUACAGAUUUUCAACAAGAAAUCAGUUUAUCGGAGAAUCCAACCGGAAAUGUGAUGACUGCUGGCUUGACACAGACAAGUUUGAUAAAUCAAACUAUUUUACAAUCAACCAUUAUUCCCCCUACGGAACCAAUAUCUUCUCCUUCUGUACUUGAAACAUCUUUGACUUUAAAUCAACCUAUAAUGACUCCACUAGAAGUGCCUAGUAAUUUACCUAUACAAUCAGAAACAACGCCGACUUCUACUGUGACGGAUAUUCCAUCUUCUCUUGAAUUGCCAAUAACGAUAACGAAUCCUAGUAUUUCUUAUAUUUCAACAGGUGAAGCACAAAUACAGAUUCCUGGCAAUUCUAUGCCAGAUAUUGGAGAAAUCAUGGAAAGUUCAAAUACAGCGGAAAUCUCAAGAACAGAAGUUCCUGUAACUACUCAAUACUUAGUGUUGCCGAAUUUAGAAAGCAAUAUUCCCACAGAAGCUCAGAAAGUGGAAACCGACGCUAUUUCAAUGCCCAAUGCUUCGUAUUCAGUUUCGAUACCGAAUAGCAUAGUUUUACAAACUUCACAAGUUCAAACUACUCCCUCGAUGCCUAUAAUAGACGACACCUACACAGAAAAUGUCCAAUUUAAUUCUACCAUGGAAUCAACGAUAACGACAGAGCAAACUUUUGUAGAUGUAUCGGUUUCUGAAAUGCUUGUUUCAAAACCUCCAACUUCUACAGAAAGUGUGCAAUCACAAGAUAUUACUGUAACAUCAGAGAUCGCAUCGCAAGAUGUCCCUGUAUCUUCUCAGGAACCUAUUGUGUCAACGAAUGAACCUUCUAUUUUAAAUGAAGAACAAAACACAAAAGUACCUUUGCAAGAAGCGCAUUCUUCUAAAGAAAUUUCCACUAAAUCGGAAGAGAUGACUUUGCAAUCUACAAUUGAUAAAGAAGAUGAUGCUUCAAAUAUAGCAGCGGAUAAGCAAAACGAGGACGUUAGUAAUAAUGACAGUAUAGUACAGGUACAAAUUGCAGAACAACCAGAUGAAUCUGCACAGACAAGUAGUAUGCCCAUAAUGGAUGAAACUGCUUUAAUCACAACUGAAUCCAAUGUAAAAUUGCCGUCUGUAGAACAUGCGAACUUUGAAGUGUCGGAUUCGAAUGAGAUAGAUACGGAUACAUUGCAAGAAUCGAAAAAUGUAAAACAACUUAAAGAACUGAACUUCAACGAACAAUCUAACAAUAAAAUUCAUUCUCCCAUAACAGAAGAACAAGCGGCAACAUCUAAUGAAGUAGAAGCUGCCCAAGAAACAGCUCAAAUUUUACCUGCAGAAUCAUUGAACCGUCUAGACGAGCAAAGUAUAGAUAUGGAUGAAGGUAUUGAGUCUAAAAUUUACGCUGCGAGUACAGUAAUGGAAUCAGAGGAUUGCCGAAGAGAUGAGCCAUCAUCUCAGGGAGAAUCGGAUAUAGUCCAAAGAAAUUUGGACCUACAGUUCGAAGAGACGACUUCAGAAACUAGUCAUGAAACGCCAUCGCAGUCGUACGAACAGUUUGGUAUCGCAGUGACUACUGAUUCUACUGACUUACCUAGUCAAUCUGCUACAAAGUCCGAAAAUUCGAGAGAACCUUCGCAAUCAAUAGCAUACGAACCUAUGGAAACAGACGAAGAAACAAUCGUCACAGAACCACCAAGCCAAUCGUUUGAGCAUUCGAAGAUAAACGAGGCUUCUCAAUCAUAUGAAACUUCUGUGGAAGAAAGUACGAAUGCGCCUACGCAAUCCUUUAAUGAACUUAUGCAAAGUCAAGAAGAGAGAACAACUAUGGAUGAAGGAAUUGAUGAUCAAACAUUCCCCACACAGAGCUAUGAUGUCGGUAAGGCUGAAAAUAUUUCAGAAAAUUUAGAAACUGACACUGAAAUUAGUCAGGAAGGAAAUAUGCCAUCUCAGUCUAAUGAUAUUGGUGCUGAUGGUAUCGGUACAUCUUCAGUUUCUACAAAUAAUUCCGGGUUGAACGAGGAUGAAACUGCGAGUUCAUCUUACGUUCCAGAAACUCCUGAGAAUCAAGAAAGAGAUCCAGAUCAAGAAAGUGCAAUAAGUACAUCAUCUUGCGAAAUUCCACCUUGUGCAGAAUUAAAUAUCGCGUCAUCUAGUGCAGAACACACAAUUAUCCAUGACAAUGGAGUACCUGAAAUACCUACAUCAUCAUACAAUUUGAAUCCGGACAUUACAUCAACUCAUGUAGAUUCUGUACCUACCUCUAGUUAUGAAGAACAGAAUGUGUCAACUUCUUAUGAAGUACCGAUCUCAAUGCCCGGCCUAGAAGAAACACCUUCUCAAAACUUUGUCACUGAAAGUACAGAUCAUAGAAAUGAACCUUCUAGUUAUUAUGCACACCACCAAGAAGUAACAGCGAGUUAUUAUGAAUCAGUUGGCCAAGAAACGAACUCUAGGUUGGAUGAAGAUCCACAAGAGGAAGUUACUCCUAGUUAUUAUGAGGGUAACCCUCAAGAAGCCAGUCAGAGCUAUUUUACUCCAGAAGAAGCUACGCCAAGUUAUUCCAGCCAUAAUGUUUCUCCUAGUUACUAUGAUCAUAGACCAGAAAGCGAAGCCAGUCAAAGUUACUACUCUACACAUGACAUAGAGAAAAGCGAACAAUCUUCCUCACAGAACAUUGAGGCAUCUCAAAGUUUUUAUCAGGAACAGUCAGAUGAAUUAAAAUUAAGACAACAAGGUGAAGCUACUCCAACUUAUACUGAAAGAUAUCCAGUUGAUUACACAUUGGAGAAUUCCCCAAUAGAAAGGCAUGAUCUUGUAGAAAGUUCUGUACCAGCCACUAGGCCUACAGAGAGGUAAUACAUUAUGGUGGGUAAUAGCAUUAUGCUAUGAGAAGAGUCCCUGUUUUUAUAGACUAUUGGACAUUGCAGCCAUUGAUAAAUAAACCCGAGUCUAUUUUCAAGUGUAAAUAUAAUAUUAAGAUAAUAAGAAAUGAAAUGUAAGGUUAAAAUUAGAUUCUUAUUAUAAUUUAUAUCUAUUAAAUAAAUAAAAAUAUAUAUACAUCUACAUGUUAACACAAUAUAUGUAUAUAUAUAUACCGACACGGAUUCAAUUCGUAUAUAAAAUUCAAUAUGUAAGCAUUGUAAUUAACAAGAGGAAAUAUGGUUUCAUUGCAAAGACAUUAUGAUAUUAUUAUUAUUUGAUAUAUUGAAGUAUUGUUGAUACUUCAAUGUGAUGUAUUCAUAAAUUCUUUUUUCAUUGUCCCCCAGAUAUGUUAAUAUUUUGGCAUAUAAUAAAUUUCUUAUUAUUAUACAUUUUUAAAUAUCAUAUGCAUACAAUGUGUAUAUUGUAAAAUUUCGCUGUGAAACGGUAAAGUAAUAGUAAAAUCUAUUAAUCAUUCAUUUCACAUCAUGCAAUUGUUGCAACGAAAAUAUCAUUCGCUCUACUAAUAAUUCGUUUUGCAAUUACGUCGAAAGAGUAAAUAUGAUUGUAGAAUAUUUAUAUAUUGUCACGGUUUUUUAUUAAAAAGUAAUCAAAGUUACUGAAUUACGUUACUACUACUCCAUAGCGUUAAUUUUAGUGAGCGAUAUUUUUCGUCUAAUGCCCAAAGAAUGGGCGCGUCGAAUGAUUGUAUAAAAAUGAAUGCACAAUAUAUCUUCAGUAAAAUAUUAACAAUGUAUGCCCUUAAAUAUUUGUAAAAUAUAUAAGUAAAGACUUCUUGGGCUAACAUUCGAAGACUUAAUUUUUCAAAUAAGUUCUUCACUAUCCUUCUUUUUCGCUCAAUAAACUACCCGUUGAUAAAAAUUUUUAAUGUUGUAAGUAAUCACAGGUAUGAAUAAUUGAGCGGAUUCAAGGAUUGAUUAUUAGACGUACAGUGUUUACUUUGUAGGUAGUAGUUUACAUUUAUGAGAAAUAAACAAGCCUAUUAUUUCAACUAUAAUAACGUGUAAUCUGUGUGUUGAUGCAAUGUAAAGGAUAAAAGGGUCUUGACAGAAAAUCUAUCAUGUUUGAGACGAAUUCACACUUAUAGGUGAAUAGUUUUAAAUUAAAGUGUUCGGAUGAUUGUUGUUAGAAACAACGAUUUUAAAGAAAUCAAUUUUACUUCUGUAGCAUAUUUAAAUUAAUCCGAAUAUUGCAUAAUUUAUUCAUGAAUAAAUUAGUACGAUAUACAAGUAAAAUUUAUAUUUUAAUAAAUAUCCCCUAAUAUGAAUUAAGGGAAUAUUCAUCCUAGAUAGUAUGUGAAUCUCAAACAAGAUAGAUUUAUUAUUGUCUCCUAAUAGAAAUUAUUAUAUUCUAUUCUUUAUAAACUCAUGUUAUCAAAAAUAAAUUUGUUUUUAUUUGUCGUGGCGUUUUCAAUUAUGGUCACGUAUGUACAUAUUAUAUUAUUGUCAAGGGAAAGAAAUAUAUUAAGUAAAGUUAUUAAUGUCUUACGCGCGCGAAAAUGGAAAGCAAACUUAAUAAAAUGUUUUCGGGGUAAACUUAGAGAAAAAUCAAUUUUGCAAAAUGGACUGAAUUGUUAAUAUUAAUCACUAUUUGAAUUCUUUUAAUAUGUAUACAUUUAUGCAUGUAUAUAUGUAUGUAUACAUAUAUGUAUCCGCAUAAAUAUAUAUACAUAUGUAUUUUCCAUACAAAGAAGUUACAUAAGAAAAAUUUUCUGUACCUAUAAAUAGUAUAUCAUACUUUGAGAUGGGGAAGUUAUAGUUACAUUUUCUAUUACAAAGUUUCUCAUACAAUCGUAAGGAAAUACAUACAUAUACAUAUAUAUGUGUGUGUGUGUACAUAUAUGUAUGUGUAUAUAUAUAUAUCUAUUGAAAUAAUAAAACGUAAGUGGCAUAAAGUGAUACUAAAUAAAAUAGCAUUGCUGCGUUCUUAUAUCAGUAACAAUUUGAUAUUUUCAUCACUAACAAUAAUUAGCUUUUUAUUUCUACAGUGUGCACGACAUACACGAUUGUAACUAAGAGAUAAAAUAAAUAUAUGAAUAUUUACGUA